GAACUCCCGCGAGCUUGAUGCGAAGUGUUAGCAGCCCGAAGUAGCAAAACAACGCCGAAGCGGACUAUUCUACUCUUUUUUUCCCCUCGAAUAUGAGAUGAACCUACUACUAUUCGGAACGCUAACUCGUUUUUUGGAAGACGCGUGAAUACAUCUGAGCUGCCAAAGUUGACACUUAAAUUGGUGUUGUUGGUGUUGAUCAAGAGGCUCUAAACCGAGUCACAAGACUUCUUCAUCAUCAGGCGGGACGGUGAUGGCGCACCGAGGUGGUUACAGUGGUGGAGGAGGAGGUGGCAGCAGUGAAGACGACGAUGAUGAGAUGGUGGACAUCGCCGGGGCAACGCUGGACGUGUCUUCCACGGAUGACGUCCCCCCACUCAGUCUAGGAGGCGACGAGGAGUACAGUGGCAACAGCAGAGGGGACGCUAUGAACGGCGGUGGCCCCAGCAAGCUCGUGGACCCACUGGAGGACCCGCUGCCCGGCGUGGGCACCUACGAGGACUUCAACACCAUCGACUGGGUCCGGGAGAAGAGAAAAGACCGCGAUCGACACCGCAGGAUCACCAACAACAGCAAGCAGUCCACUGGGGCUCUCCUGGUCAGCAUCAGCGACGCCUUCUCUGGAUGGCUGCUCAUGCUGCUGGUGGGACUCAUGUCAGGCACUCUGGCCGGUGGAAUCGACAUCGCAACCCACUGGCUGACUGACUUGAAGAGUGGCGUUUGUCUUGUCGGCUUCUGGUUUAACCACGAGCACUGCUGCUGGACCUCUAAUGAGACAACCUUCCAGGAGCGCGACCGAUGUCCACACUGGAGGAGCUGGGCCGAGCUCAUUACAGGAGCCUCAGAGGGUUCGUCUGCUUACGUCGUCAACUACCUUAUGUACAUCUUUUGGGCUCUUCUCUUUGCCUUUUUGGCCGUGACACUGGUCCGGGCAUUCGCUCCGUAUGCAUGUGGAUCUGGUAUUCCAGAGAUUAAAACCAUCCUCAGCGGCUUCAUCAUCCGUGGCUACUUGGGCAAGUGGACCCUGAUCAUUAAGACCAUCACGUUAGUGUUAGCCGUCUCGUCCGGGCUCAGCCUGGGCCAGGAAGGCCCUAUGGUCCAUGUCGCAUGCUGCUGCGCUAACAUCCUGUGUUACCUCUUCACAAAGUAUCGCAAGAACGAAGUCAAGCGGCGAGAGGUGUUGUCUGCAGCAGCUGCAGUGGGUGUGUCAGUGGCGUUUGGGGCCCCAAUAGGAGGUGUCCUCUUCAGUCUGGAAGAGGUGAGUUACUACUUCCCUAUGAAGACUCUCUGGCGUUCCUUCUUCGCCGCCCUGGUGGCCGCCUUCACCCUGCGCUCCCUCAACCCGUUUGGAAACAGCCGCAUGGUGCUUUUCUAUGUGGAAUUUCAUGCUCCCUGGCACUUUGUGGAGUUGGGGCCUUUCAUCCUGUUGGGGAUAUUUGGGGGCCUGUGGGGGGCCCUGUUCAUCAAGGCUAACAUCGCUUGGUGCCGCAGACGAAAGUCCACCCGUCUAGGUCACUACCCUGUCACCGAGGUACUGGUGGUCGCCGCAAUGACGGCCCUGCUCGCCUUCCCUAACAGUUAUACCCGGAUGAGUGCGUCACAGCUGAUUGCAGAACUAUUCAAUGACUGUUCGCUUCUUGACUCAUCCCAACUGUGCGGCUACAAACAGCCCAGUAAUACAUCUGAAACAAGUGCGGGCAACAGCCUGGCGGACCGAGCUGCUGGAGAUGGUCUCCAAACAGCUCUGUGGCAGCUGGCCUUGGCCUUGAUUUUCAAGAUGUUGAUCACUAUCAUCACCUAUGGCAUAAAGGUCCCGUCUGGACUAUUCAUCCCCAGCAUGGCGGUGGGCGCCAUAGCGGGAAGGCUACUUGGCGUCGGCAUGGAGCAGUUGGCCUACUACAACCACGACUGGUUCAUCUUCAAAGGCUGGUGCACGCCAGGCGCUGAUUGCAUCACCCCGGGGCUCUAUGCCAUGGUGGGCGCCGCUGCCUGCCUCGGUGGCGUAACACGCAUGACCGUAUCGCUGGUUGUCAUGAUGUUCGAACUGACUGGUGGGCUGGAGUACAUUGUGCCUCUUAUGGCUGCUACUAUGACCAGCAAAUGGGUCGCAGAUGCUUUUGGACGGGAGGGAAUCUACGAGGCACAUAUCCGCCUCAAUGGCUACCCCUUCCUGGAGCCAAAAGAGGGGUUUGAGCACAGCAGCCUGGCCUUGGAUGUGAUGAGGCCCAGGAGGUCAGACCCCAGCCUCGCUGUGCUCACACAGAAGGGUAUGACUCUGGGGGAAGUUGAGGCGCUGGUGGAGAGCACGCAAUAUAGCGGCUUUCCUGUGGUCAUCUCCAAGGAGUCUCAGAGGCUCGUAGGAUUUGUGCUCAGAAGAGAUCUACUCAUAUCAAUUGACAAUGCCCGCCAGCGGCAAGAUGGCGUAGUCAGCGCCUCCCAGGUGGUUUUCACCAAGCACGGCCCGAGUCAGGCACCCGACGCCGUGCCCCACCUCCGUCUCAGAGGCAUCAUGGACCUGAGUCCCUUCACCGUCACAGACCACACGCCCAUGGACAUCAUAGUGGACAUCUUUCGCAAGCUGGGUUUGCGUCAGUGCCUGGUCACGCACAACGGGAAGCUUUUGGGUAUUAUCACCAAAAAGGACAUACUCAAACACAUGGCACAGAUAGCCAACAGAGACCCAGACUCCAUCCUCUUCAACUGAGCCCCAUGGAGGAAAGACACCGUCCACGCAGCUUUUUGCACACAGAACAAUGCUUUUUGUUUGUAGGAUCAGGGCCAUAUUCUGCAAGUCGAAAAAAAAGAACAAUGACUCAUCCUCCAAUUACAUGUUGGAGCCAGACAGAUGUAAGACUCUGGAAUAUAUCACAUCUGCUCCAUUUUGUUGUUGCGGCCUCCUCCUCCUUGUCCACCACGCAGAGGAUUUGGGAGCAGAUAUUAUUCAGGACGGGAAGAAUGUAGGACGUCAGGAGAGAUAACGUUGGGGAGCUUGGUGCCUGCCCUGUGGCUGUCAGACGAGCCUAGACAGAGCGCUCUGAAGCCGGGCUUGAUGGAUUCUCCUGCUGCCCCCUCCUUUUGCGUCCAAGGCCGGGGGCGAGAGAUGCGUAGAGUGUGAGAAGACAAUCCGUAACGAUGACAUUGUUGGGGAAUUAACCUACACAAAGAGAAUCAUUUCACAUCUAAUUUAUGUCAAAUUGUUUGUCCUACUAAAUUAUUUAACUGACUUUAA